CUUAUAUAAAGCCUUGCGUUCGUUAUCGGUUGAAACAAGGGUUUGUGUGUUACUGUGAAAAAGAGAAGUGAAAGAAAAAAAGAAUGAUCAAAAUCAUUUUGUCAGUUUUGAUAGGGCUCAGUGGAGUGUAUGGCUUUCAAGUUUGCCACAGAGACUGGUCUCAAACCAUCUAUUAUUGUGAGGAUGAUCAGUUUUGUUGCGGAAAAGAUCAAUGUUGCCACCCGUUUUCGGUAGCGGCGAUAAUCGGGUCAGUGAUUGGAGGGAUUAUCCUGCUGAGCUUCGUGAUCGCCUGUAUUUGUGUUUGUGUGCAGAAAAGCAACACCAAAACAGGAAGGGUGGUACAACCACAACAGGGUGUUAUGUUUGUGAACAGCUCGAGCUAUCCACAACAGAACGGAUAUAGCCAGUAUCCACCAACCUAUUAUCCACCCGCCAGCCAGUACCCACCAUCAUACAAUGAGCCAAGCUACCAACCCCCAGCCUACAGCCAGGAAACACCCGGCAAUAGCCAGACCGCAUACCCACCACCGCCAGUGUUCAGCUCUGCACCGCCAAACAACCCCGACAAGUAGUAUCUGUUGUUGCUCUACACUUGACUAGACUAGGUCACGUGUGGUUCUUGCCUCUCAAGGCGUUAACACAUGUCUGAUAUAAAUCAAAACCCUUUUCUAAUGAAAUGUACAAACUCAAUCAAUGUCUUACUAUCUUUAGUGUUGCCGCUCAUUUAUAAUAAUAAAGAAUGUUCUCAAAACCACACACCUUUUGACAAUGAAAUGUUGUAUGUAAAUGGAAAAUGAAAACAUCUUUUUUAUCAUCCUCUAGUGUUUCAUAUUCUUCACUCCAUCAUGGUUGCACUAUCAAUCAGACUAAGCUACAUAAUAUAGCUAUAGAUAUACAUUUAUUUUUAUAGCUACGACUGCAACAGAAAGUACAGUUGUAGCUGUAAUUUACAGCUGUAGCUACAUUUGAUGGGUCACAGUUGUUACAUUGUUUUUUUUAGCAACUUGCUACGCAUUUGUCUUUCUCAUAGUCUUUCUCAUAGUUUUAGCAUCGUAUAUGUCUGACAAAGCAUAUCGUUCACAGUCUUAUCCAUUUUUUAGAUGCUAUAAUUUAUCUUAGUAAUGUAUCGAAAAAAAAGAAAAAAAAUGUAAUCAAUAUAUUAAUCCAGACUUUUUCUAUUGGAUUCUGGUAAAUUAUAUACAGUUAAGUUUACAUAAAUUAUUUAACAUAUAGCAAGUUGUUGACCAUAACGAAUGGUACAUCUUGUUCUAUCAUGGUAUUUGCAUUUAUUCAAACAAACAAGUGUUACUAUUUCUGCAUUAUAAUCCUCAUUUUUUUUGUAUUUAUUCGCUUGUUAAUUUGUUCUUGAAAAUAAAUACUACAUAGUUUUAAA